AUGUUUAAUGUACAGGAUGUGUUUUCUAUGAGUAACAAUGCCAGAGAGAAAGAGAUUGCUAUUUUGGAGAAAACAAUAGAGGAAUGUAAGUUGUAUACUUUAUGGCUGAAUUGCUAAAUGUUUUAGCUACUGACGAGGUGAAGAAGCUAGCUGGAGACAACUUUUUGUACCUAAAUAAUAUCCUAAAAAGCUGUUCUGAUGCUGACACAGGGAAGAAACUUCAAAAGUUGGAUGAUCUGAUAUCUAAAAUUCAGAAGCAAGUCACUGACACUUCGAAGAAGGUUGAGGUGCGUAUUUAGUUUACUUUUGUUGAACGUUUUAGUUAUUUAUACUCAUUUUUUGUUGUUUUAGGUAGCUUCAGUCAAGGACAAAAUAACGGUUAUCAAGGGGAUUGAAAAAAGACUGGAGAAGUUUGCAGAGCUUCGAAAUGCCAUUAGAAGUUUGAAUACAGACUUUGCAACGUUAGAAUCUUAUCGUUCGUAUGCUAUGAAGUUGAAGAACAUGAAGGGAUACAAAGAUAUUGUUACUUUGGUAUGUUUCAGUAUUACUUUGUUUCGUUUUUAGGUACAAUAUGAAGCAAAAGUAACACUAAUUUAUUGUUAUGUUGACUGUAUGUUUUACGAACAAAUAGAGCAUGGUUUGUUUUAGGAAGAGUACGAACUAGACCAAGAUUACCCAGAAGAAGAGAUUAUGACUAAAUUUAUCGCUGAAGUUAACCUUGAGAUUGAACGUUUUAAUCGUUAUUUGGAAGGGAUUUUUGAUACUUUUAUAGUUAUAACAAAAGAUGUUGACAAUCUGAACAAAACAGUGUUGACGAUCAAUUCAGAAGACCCUAAGUUAAUAUGUGAUUGUCUGGAUUCUCUAAACUUAUUGGAACGCUUUGACGACAAAUUUAGAGAGUUGGCAACUGUCAUAUGGACAGAUUUUUGUGAAGUUUUGUUGAAUUCAGCUGACAGUGAGAAUGUAGUUACGAUAACAUCAGACGAACCUCAUAAGAAGACUUUUAUUAGUGAAUCGAAGCCAAAGAAAGGAGAGAAACAGAAUGUCCAAGCUUUAAUGAGGUAUGUUUUGAUUAUAACAUUCAAUUGUUUAGUGUAACUGGGAAUUUAAUUGUAAGUCUUGUGUUCUGACAAGUUUUGGUAAAAAUUUUAUAAAAUGGAACAUUUUUUGUUGGCAUUGAAUUGUAAACUGUAAAAAUUUUUAUGUAAUUGAUAUAAUUUGUAAUUUCAGAGCACUGGAAAACUUUUUUGAGAAUCUUCAUGAUGUUUUGAAAGAUAUUAAACUGCAAGAGUGGUUAGUAACACUCAUCGGUCGAGAAAUAGGUAACAGAGUUAUAGAAACCUUAUUGUUACGAUCUGCUGCGGCUACAGUGUCUUUAAAGAAGACAGAUGAGGAGAAAUUAGAGGCUUUGAAGGAAAUGAUCAAACAUUUCGACAUGAAGAUGAGGGUAAGUGGUAGUUUAAGUUUGAUAUUUUAGGUAUAAAAUUCACCUAAAAAACUUAUUUUGAUAAGGUUUUAGGAACUUCACUUUUUCGAUGACAAACUGAGUGCUGAGAUGGUGUUGAACAAGUCCAAUAGACUGUUCGUCAACCAAAGAUGUCGAGCCUUCUUAGCCGCUGCCAGAAACCUGAUUGCCAAACCUUAUGUUGACUUAGUGGAAGUAUCUGGAAGCCUAAAACCAUCAACAGCGGACAUUAACAAUUUGACGAUAUCUUUGAACAAUAUGAAGAUCAAAACCGAAGUAGAUGAAGAAGAAUCUGUGUAUGAAAUGCAAAAGUGCAAAGUCAGCGAUUCUGUGUACAAGUUGGUACCCCGUAUCAAGACACUGUUUGAUCUGGCAAUGGAAACAGAGGACGAGAUGGGAGCGGUCAACUUUUUUCAAGCUGCUUUAUUAAUUAUUGAUACCUUCUUGGUAUCCACACCUAGACUUCAUCAGCAGGCUUUGUUGUCCGUUCCUCAGACUUCAGGUAAGAGUUUGCAUAAUACGUGAAGUAAACGUGAUAACAUUGGGAGUAUGUUAAGAUGCUUAUGAUGAGAAUACAAAAUUUAGUGUUUGUUUAUGCAGUUUUAGCUGCACUUACCUUAAUAUAGCUUUUAAACAGAAAAAAAUGUAAUUUUAUUUAAUGACUUUUAAUUUCAGCUAUAUUCUACAACAACUGUCAGUACCUAUUUUAUAAUUUGUCGAUUUUUAAAAUGGAAAUGGAAAAGAAAUUACCAAGUCAAAGCAACGUAAGGAAUUUGAUGAUUUUAAUGAAUAUUGUUGCUUUUUAAACGAAUAUUGUCAUCUUUUGAUUUUUCAAAAUUUUUAAUGAAAUUUACAUGUUUUUGGCCAUGUUUGAUAUUAUCAUUAAGGAAAUUUGGUUUCAGAUAAAGCGUGAAGACUUAAACUUCACAAAACAGUUCAAGGAGUUAAGAACAACAGCAAUGAAGUUUUUGGAGCACCAGUUAAACACUAUAAAAGCUAGUUUGUUGAAGGUCAGAGAUGAGAAUAUGACUUUGGAGGAUUGUGAGUUAAUUUUAUAAAUUUCUAUAUGAGUAUUAAUUUAUUUGAUUAGUUUUCGUUAUCAUAUUAACGAAAUGAAAUAAAUAAAAUCUAAAAAUGUACAUUAACCUAUCUUUACAGUAUUUGUGAACAUUGAUGCGACGCCAAGUAACAGAGAAAGAGUAGAGAAGACCCUGAAUGGAAGUCUGAUGGAGUUGUCCAAGAUACGAUCCGUGUGGAGCGAUGUCAUGUCAGACUCUGUACUAGAGAUAUCAUUGGGAGUUCUGGUGUCACAUUUACUAUCGUUAGUAACGAAAACCAUAUUGUCAAAGGAGGAUAUCACAGUGCAUGAUGCUGAAAGUAUGGCUAGAUUGUGCAAGUACGUGUUGGAAAGAAGUGCAGCUCUUAUGACGGUAAGAAGUUGGCAGGGUUACGUUAUUAGUGGGGUUAAUGUUCAUAUGGCUAUUAACUAUAUUGUUUUCGUUGGUAGCAUUUUAUAUUAAAAUCACAGCCAAAAUGCUGAUAACACCCAACAUAUUUAAUUUCAGAUAAAUGGAGUUCAAGCCAUACACAGAGUAUGUCAAAAGGAGUAUUACCGCCUCAAGGAGAUAGUGUUUGUCUUAGAAGCCAAUCUUGAUGUAAGUUUUGUUCCUUUAUAUCGUUAACAUACCUUUUACGGAAAAAUUGAAGGGUAUAAACCAUGUUAUCAGAAAAUAAAUUAGUAAAUAUAUUUUCAGGAAAUUGGUAACAGAUGGUGUGACGGAAUAGGUAUCCUGGCAGAAUAUGUAAAGCCAUUCGAAGUCCGCGGCCUGGUCUGUGCUUUAUUCCAGAACACUUCAAAGCGGGCUUCUUUGUUGGAUCAAAUUAGAAAUCGGUGA